AUGGUCUCCACCAUCAACGAGACCUCCGCAUCCUCCCGACCCCCGAUCUGUCUCUGCUCCGGUCCUCGCUCUUGGCGCGGUGCGAAGCUUCCCUGUGUCGGAUGCAACGACAACCCUCUGCAAGCCUGGGACUUCCCUUUCAAGCUUUACACAUACAAACGGACCGACACAUGCCCGGUGUACAAGGCGGAGCAUCUGAUAAAGGCGUGUCUCGACGUUUGUGAAUGGCAGUACGAGAAAUGUUGCGACGGCGCGGAUACUGAUGAUGAAUGUACCGCGUGCGAGGAGCAGUAUCGACGUCGCCAGAAGGCGAAUCGAGACCUGCGAUAUGAUAGAGAGUGCGGAGGUAGGGAUCCGUGGGAGCAGAAGCCUUGUGAGGAUGAAAAUGAAAAUGGGAUGGGCUCGAAUUGA